AUGCAAUGGCAGAAGUUAAAGCCACCGGAGCCAGAUGAUCCUAUCUGUUGCUGUGAAUGCGAUCUCUACCAGUACGGAUGUUGUUGUGACUGCGAGGAUCUGGAUGAAGCCUUUAACAGGUGGCUGAAAGACAAACCAUCUAAAAGUACAUUUCAGUCUCCUGUAUUUGGUGCCAUGGCUGAAAAUCUGGAAAUUUCCCUGAUCCCGGCCCUGCUGAUGCUGCCUCUCCUGCUGAAGGUUGCAGCGUUGCACUACCUGCUGGGUAUAACCGUCCUGACAGCUCUGCCUGGCUUGGUGCUGUGGUACUACUAUGCAACGCACCGAAAGAAGAGACGCACCCUCUUUUUCCUCACCCUCGCAUUGUACUCUCUGGCCUACAUGUAUUACCUCUUCAUCACAGAGAUUUUACCGCGUGGGGACAUCAGCCAGCUGCAGGUGUGCACCGUGACCUCUGGGAUGAUCUUCACUAUAGUCUCUCUUAUUCACACCAAGAAAGGCCCAGGAUUUGUGACUGCUGCCCUUCACGACUCUCACAGUCACAGUCAGGAGGAUAAAAAGGAGUCCACACAAGUAAAUAAUGGAUCUAUCCAAUCAGCAGCCUCUCCCUCAGGGACACCAGCAGAGCUGCAAACCCCAAAGGAGGGCCUCGGAGCAAAGUGGAGCAGGUGUCCUUUGUGCAAAAUAAUGCGACCACCGCGGGCUGGUCAUUGUCGAACCUGUGGCUCAUGUGUCCAGCGUUUGGACCACCAUUGUAUCUGGAUAAACAGCUGUGUAGGACAGGCAAACCAUCGCAGUUUUCUGCUGACCCUCUCUGUGUUUGUGUUGACCUCUCUGUACGGGAUCAGUUUGGUGCUUUGCAGCCUCUGUCCUCAUCAGUAUCUAAUGACAGGGCUCUUCUACUGCCCCGGCGUCUACACUCAGUCUAGCACAGCACUUUGCUUUACCUGUGCGUGGUACAGCAGCAUUGUCGCAGGUGGACUGCUUUACCUCUUGGUGGCACAAGUUCUCAAUAUCAGCUUUAACGUGACGGAGCGAGAGGCUCAGCUGGCUCUGAGGAACAAAACGGGCCAGAGCCGCCUGUGGGGACUCGUUGUUGACACAGGAGAGUAUUCUCGUGGCUUCUAUCAGAACUGGGUUGAGUUCCUCACCAUGACAGAUGCUUCAAUGGCAGGUAAGUGGUACCUGAUUGGAAUUGCCACUGAUGCCCAGUGGUUUGUCAGUCACAGAGCCAGCAUGAAGAUGGGCACGGCCAUGAUUACCCCAACUGCUGACGGGGAUCUGGAGAUGUCAUAUUCCAGUCUUAGCCCUAAUGGCUCGUGUUGGAGAAUGAACAAUCUGGCCAAAAAAACUGAGAUACCUGGAAAGUUCACAUACACAAGUCGGCGCUGGGCGUAUCUCAGUGACUUGCGCAUGGUCGAUGUGAAGUAUGACGAGUAUGCCCUGAUUCAUUCCAUCAAAACAAAGGGGAAAGAAAGCUAUGUUGUUAACAAACUAUAUGGACGUGGUGUGGACCUCAGCGCUGAAGUGCAGGAGAAGUUCAUUCAGUUCUCCCUGCAAAGCAGCAUCCAGCCUGAAAAUAUUGUCAUCCUUACCAAAAACGAGGAGUGCCCAGCUGCCUAACCUUGUGUCCAGGUGACCAUCUCAUCGAGGAGCUUUCACUGUUCUGAAAAUCUCACGUCGAUGACCUGAGACAGUUUGCGUUUUACUUUACUAUCUCUGCUCUUUCAUUAUUAAGAAUGCUCAUAAUAUCACAAAAUUAUAUUCAUCACUUUGCAUUUAUCCACCUGCUGUUAUUACCACACAAAUAAAAAGUA